GGGGUGAGUCUUGACUGCCAGUCUCUCCGGAUGUCUCGUUUACCAUAAUACGAGUGUCCAGUGGAUAAAACUGGAGAAUCGACGUGCACACACGGGGUUGAACGUCAAUCAUCGAAUUUUUACGCUUUCAUUAUUUACCUCGAUGGUGGGGGGGAGUUUCUUUAUCAUUAUCGUUUGAUGCACUCGUCACGGGCCAUAUCCUUCCGAGUUUAGUUGGUGAAAAAAUUUUAGCGCGCUCCGCUAAAUACCAUUCGUCGGCGAGUAUUCUCCUACCUUUAUCCUUCCCUUCCUUCUCUUUUCUCUCGUUUAACCGAACCUCCACGGUGUGCCCCCCUGUGCAAAAUCAUUCUUCCACUCCGUGGAAGGCGAAGAACGCCGGCAGAAGUUCCGCCGGAAACUGUACUCCCCGAGUACUUGGGUAUUUCUCCCCAUUUACGCACGUGUUCAAGUGGAGUAAAACAAUUUGAGGGGAUUUAUUUUUUUUUCUUUAUUUCGUUCACUUCCAGUGAUUCAACGAGUGAUUGUGGAAAAUUUGUGAAAGAAAUUUUUUUUGAGUGAAUUGUUAGUCGUGAUUGUUUUUUUUUUUUUACUCUGUGGGUACUUUUUGUCUCACGUUUUGGUUCAAUUUAAUUUAAUGAAUUUUCCAUUGGAGAAAAUUGCUAAUCGAGACUGUGUAUAGUGUUGUUUUGUUCCUCCUUUUUCAUCAUUCUACGUGAUGCGAAUUCGUGCUGGCUACGGACUUUUAAAAGUUCUGCGGAAAAUGAUCAGAGUCGUGUGCAGUGGCCGUGUGUAUACGUGUGAGACUUACGUACAUGUGCUACUCCAAUGGUAUUUUCCAGGAGCUUAAUUCGUAGCCUCCUGUACUAUCGGCUUUUCAGGAGUCAGACUUGGGUAACAGUGGCGAACGCGUAAUCGAUACAGCAGCCCGAAGGAAACACCGUUGGUACAUCAGAGAGCUACAUCGUAAGACUCGUUGUCACCCCGCGGGAAAGUCGGCAACAUCGUGGGGGAUACAAACCCAUCAGGCAGUUUUUUUCCUUGAAUUCCCGGGAACAUUGGCCCCACCCCAUCAUUGAUCCAGUGUCGAGUUAAUAAACAAGACUGAGUUGUGCUCCGCAGACUCAGAAAAAAAAAUCACGUGAUAAAUCUCGAUUCUACAGGUUCAGAGAGAGAGAGAGAGAGAGACAGAGACAGAGGAGGGUACAUUACCUUCCGACAGCACCGGUAACCUCGAGUUAAAAACAACAUUAAAAAAAAUAAUAAUAAUAAAAUGAGAAGGACAAACGAACGCGAAAAGGCAAAGCUCGUCGAUACCGCAGCCCCAACCAAUACAGAAUAUAUCCGAGUUUAGUUCCCGUAUACACACAAUUCACUUUGCUCCAGAAAAAAAAAUAUAUAUAUACAUAUAUAUAUAUAUAUAACCAAGGAGAAAACGUAGGAGACGUGCACGCGCUGUGGUGUGCACUGGGGUUUAUUCCACCGACGGUUUGAUUUAAAUAUGUCGAGCACAAAGGGCCACAGAGCGAAGUCGAGGCUCGAGUCGAGGAGAUCCAAGUGGCACUGGUGCUCAUGCCAUCGGGUUCGAUCAAGAGGAUUCAUUUCAAAUGCACGAACCAACGACGCCGGAAACAUUCGACCGCUUCUUCAUUCAUAUGCAUCUCGUUAAAAUCUACUAUUCCGCCGUGCAGUUAUAAGUUUAUUCUUCUCAUUUCUCCCUCACCAUCCCCCAGCUCUCUCCAUGAGUAUGAAACUUUUCAUGAAACUCCGUUAACCGGAGGGAAAUUCACGGUGAGAAAAAGAACUUCAAUUGAACAAGAGAAAGAACUUGAAAAUAAUAAAAAAGAAAAAGACGUCACACGGGUGAGCAGUUUAUCCGACGGAUUAAUAUGUGUUUUGGACGAGUGCCUGAGUCUACUGGAGGUCGUGAGUUCAACAGACCACUGACUGGCGUGUGCAAUGUGUUGAACAAGUUUUUGAUUAUCACUUUUAAAAUGGGUAUGCUACUGCCCGAUGAAACUUACGAGGAGCGAUCAGCCACCUCGACAACAAAUUACUUAACGAGUGAGAUUGGUUUCGGAAAUAUUAAUGAGACAGUUGCGGCUAAAGCACUCGCUGCUUUUCGGAAGUGCGAUGAUUUUCUUGAGAGAUACAACAUCAGACCUGAAUUCUUUUGCCGACAUCAGGAACGACUUGCGCUGCAAGCUUGGCUCCUGCAGAGAGCCUCUUGCAAGCUCGACACCGAUGCAUCGUCAUCGAAUGAAGCUGUCCACCUGCAGCAGCGUCUUCGUAGUCUCAGCACAGAGCUUGUUACCUUGAGAAAUCGUUUGCACGUGAGCCAGCCCGGCAAUAACUCAACGAGUGGUAGCGGUGGUAGUGGUGCAAACAGUGCCUUGACACCAGGGUGUGAUAAGGGUGCUAACGCAUCAGUAGCACCAGCAGUACCACCACGCACAACUCACGGUCACAACCCCACUGUGCCCCAUGGAAUUGGACAUACAUCCGGUCACAGCAUCACAGCAUCCGCUAUUAUACAUCCACACGCCAAUCACUCUACCACCAACGAUCUUGGCCACAAUUCUACCGCAAACAAUUUAAUAUCUGAUCUGGAUGCACCAAAGCGUCCGGACGAUGGACUAGUAUCCUGUGUAACGGCGCUUGGUGCCCUACGGUCACCGCCCAUAUCCAGGAUCAUUGCUGAUGUUAAAAGCGGAAAGGGUUCGCAGGUACAGCAACGAUGCAUUUCAAAGACAUCUAGCCAAGCAAACGUUGCCGCAAAUUCAACUACUUUGGAAGAUCUUAUUCACUUACCCGGACCUUUAACCGAGGAUGCUGUACUAAAAUGUCUGCAGGCACGUUUCUGCGCAAAGCAAUAUCACACGAAUGUGGGACCAAUCCUGGUGAGUAUCAACCCUUAUACGGACGUUGGAAAUCCAUUGACACUGACGAGUACACGAACAGUGCCCCUGGCACCGCAGCUCAACAAGGUCGUACAGGAAGCCGUGAGACAACAGUCCGAGACUGGUUACCCACAGGCCAUCAUCCUCUCGGGUACGAGUGGCUCUGGCAAGACUUAUGCCUCGAUGCUACUGCUGAGACAACUCUUUGACGUCGCUGGAGGUGGUCCUGAGACUGAUGCAUUCAAGCACCUCGCUGCUGCCUUCACUGUACUCCGCUCACUCGGAUCAGCCAAGACAGCAACCAAUUCUGAGAGCUCGAGAAUCGGUCACUUUAUAGAGGUCCAAGUGACCGAUGGUGCUUUGUACAGAACGAAAAUCCACUGCUAUUUUUUGGAUCAGACGAGAGUGAUCAGACCACUACCGGACGAGAAGAAUUAUCAUAUCUUCUACCAGAUGCUUGCGGGGCUAUCGCACGAUGAGAGAGUAAAGCUAAAUUUGGAGGGUUACAACGUCAAAAAUUUACGAUACCUCCAGCAGGGUGAUAGUCGACAAGAUGAGGCUGAGGAUGCAGUGAGAUUUCAAUCCUGGAAGGCUUGUCUAGGCGUUCUGGGCAUACCAUUCUUGGAUGUUGUUCGAGUACUGGCGGCAGUUCUCAUUCUUGGCAAUGUUGGUUUCACCGAUGGUCCCGGUGUGGAGGUCAGUGUGAUUGGUGAGAACGAGUUGGCAUCUGUUGCAGCGCUUUUGGGUGUACCACCGCCUGCAUUAUUAAGGGGUCUCACAUCAAGGACACACAAUGCAAGAGGACAACUAGUGAAAUCCGUUUGCGAUGCGAACAUGUCCAACAUGACGAGGGACUCACUGGCAAAGGCCCUUUAUUGUCGCACGGUUGCUACUAUUGUGAGACGUGCCAACAGUUUGAAGAGGCUUGGAUCAACACUAGGUACACUGUCGUCUGAUUCCAAUGAAUCCGUACACAAUCAAGCGGAAGUGACGAGCCAGCAUGCCUCGACUAUUGGCAGUUCUGCUGGUGGCACAGGCUCCCGAAGUAUGACAGCCCUAAACAACGCCGUGAGGCACGCAACAGACGGCUUCAUUGGUAUACUCGAUAUGUUUGGCUUUGAGGAUCCAAAGCCGAGUCAGCUUGAACAUUUAUGCAUAAAUCUGUGCGCCGAGACUAUGCAGCACUUUUACAAUACCCACAUAUUUAAGAGCUCCAUUGAAAGCUGCCGUGAUGAGGGUAUACGGUGUGAUGUUGAGGUGGAUUAUGUUGACAACGUGCCAUGUAUCGAUCUCAUAUCAUCUUUGCGUACGGGCUUACUGAGCAUGCUUGAUGUUGAAUCUUCAAUGCGUGGCACCGCUGAGAGUUACGUUGCCAAGGUUAAAGUGCAACACAAGCAGAAUCCACGAUUAUUUGACCCGAGAAGUCUUGACUGCAGGUCUUUUGGAAUUCAACACUUUGCUGGUAGAGUCACGUAUGAUGCCUCUGAUUUCCUUGACACGAAUAAGGAUGUAGUGCCAGACGAUCUUGUUGCUGUGUUUUACAAGCACACGUGUAAUUUUGGAUUUGCCACUCAUCUCUUUGGGAGUGAAUUGAAAGCACUUUAUGCCAGUGAUACAGUGCCGAGAGGCGUGAGCUUUAGGAUAUCACCGACAUCUCAUACAGAUCUCUUAAAUGGGGAUGAACCAAUUUCCACUCUCACUCAGGAUUUUCACACGCGUCUUGAUAAUUUACUGAGAACUCUGGUGCAUGCUAGACCGCAUUUUGUGAGAUGUAUACGAAGCAAUGCCACCGAAACUCCACUUCAUCUAGACAGAGGAGUUGCAAUGCGACAAAUAAGAUCGCUGCAGGUUCUUGAAACAGUGAAUCUCAUGGCGGGUGGAUAUCCACACAGGAUGCGUUUUAAGGCAUUCAACGCACGAUACAGACUAAUCGCACCAUUUAAGCAGCUGCGGCGAGCCGAAGAGCAGGCUGUUGAGGAUACAAAACUUAUUCUCCAAAAUGCACAACAAGUGAAGAGUAAGUUUGGCGCUAGCACCAGCUGGGCACUUGGUAAACGGCAUAUCUUCCUCAGUGAGGGUAUCCGACAGCAGUUGGAAAAUCUCAGAUCAGAAACACGCAGAAAAGCUGCCACAGCUAUUCAGACUACCUGGAGAGGAUGGAGAGUGCGAAAACGAUGGCCAAUGCGAAGGGCUCCUUUACCAGUGACCGUGAGUUCUAAGCAACCACAGCAACCAAGCCACACAGGCACUCGUCCCAGGAGUGUAAAUGGAGGCACUGGUACAGGGACGAGACCCAGACCACAGCCAAUAGCUGGCACUCCCCCCCCUGAUCCCACUGAAAAAUGUGCAGACCAGAAAAUGAUACAACAAACUUGUACCCUCUUCGGCCUGGAUUUAGAGAGACCACCACCAGUGCCUCCAAGCAGAUCCUACACUGUAACUGGAAAUACUAAGCUUGGAUAUCCUCAGACAAGAGUUAUGAAAAUGCCUUUUCCAGAGGAAGGUGAAGGCGAAGUGGUACUUCUCAAAGGUGAAACAGUUCUGGUUGUGGGUGCAUCACCAAGGCGUGGCCAUCUGCUCGUUGAGCACAAUAACACAACGCUACAUGUGCCGUAUCAGUUUAUGGAAUUGAAACCCUGUAACAUUAAUGUCUAGAGAUAUUUAUUUAAUGACACUAACCCGAGUCGAAUAUUUUGACCUGAAAAAUCCGGAAGACGACGACUGAAUUCCUCCAGUUGUGCUGCAUUUAGGAGAAUUCAAGGUUUUCCAGGGAUAGGUUGAUAACAGAAUGAAAAAAAACAUUUCGAAUGAAUAAACACAUUACAAAUCGAAUCUCCACAAUUUUCCAAUUUUUUUAAUGAGAAAAAUUCUGGCGAAUCAUUCACUUCUUGGAAAAUCUCGAAACCUAAAUGGAAUGUAGCAAUAAUCAUUCAGUCAAUAUUUUUCUGAUCAAAGUAGGCGAUUUGUAAAGUCUUCCUUUUUAUCUCCCUUUUAGAGGAUGGAAAGCCUAUCGAAUUUUAUUGAAUAACUACCAAUCAAUUGCCAUAAAAUCGUUAUCUCAUAGAUGAUUUUAAAUCCCCGAGGUCUUAGGGAUUAUUAAACCUGGUAUUAUCGUCUUCCAAUAUGAACUUAAGAAUUUUUACAUUUUAAAUGAAUCUAAGAACUAUAUUUUACGUUGAAAUAGAAAUGAUCCGUGAGGAGGAGUGCUUCUCCCUCACAGGAUAAAAGAUGUAGAGUCUAUUUUAUACAUAUCAUAAAGAACAUAUUUUAUUUACCCAGUGAAAUAUCGAGAGAAUGGUUCGCAGUAAAGCUGAAGCCUCGAAGGUAUGAAUUAUCAGUAUUGACAGGUUAAUUUUGAAACUCCUAGCGGCCAUCGUUGUUGUAAAUUUAUCAUUAGUGGUCACAUGUUCAUUUUUGUACUUUUCUCAUUGGAAUCGCUGACACGUUUCAAAUAAAAGCCGAAUUUAUCACUGA